GGACGAUCAAGGGAUGGCGGUCUUAGGUUUGGUGAAAUGGAACGUGAUUGUCAAAUAGCUCACGGAGCUGCUCAGUUCCUCCACGAAAGGCUCUACACUGUCUCUGACGCGUACAAGAUCCACCUCUGCAAUCUCUGUGGUCUCAUCGCCAUUGCUAACCUUCAGACCAACUCCUUUGAGUGCAGAGGCUGUAAGAACAAGACCCAGAUAUCGCAGAUUGAGAUACCCUAUGCUUGCAAGCUUCUCUUCCAAGAGCUCAUGUCGAUGUCUAUUGCCCCAAGGAUAAUGACUGCCUCUUCUUAGGAUAGAAGGAGGUUAUAUUUGGAAUUUUUCAUUCGUUUUUCUUCAAUAGCAUUUUCCACCACACCACUACAGUGCAACAAUUAUGUGCAGCACAUAAAGCACGAAUUCUCUCUUCUUUUCUCUUGAGCAGUAUAGCUCCACUUACUUUUACUGCUACUAAUCUUUGUCAUACUUUACACUUUAUAAAUUAAUAUCAGAAUAAUACCAUUGAGUUACUUUCAACUGUCUACAUAUUUUGGCAAUUGUA